UACUUACCAUCCAGCCUUUAUUUUCAAGAAACACGUGUAAGAAAGAAUGUAAGAAUGUAUAUAUUUUGUUUUAAACAUCAUUUGGAACAUACAUAUAAUUUUCUAUCCUGAUUUUUCACACAUUAUUCAGCAAGCAUUUUUCCAUAUUAUUGUUUUAAAAAAUGUAUUUCUUAUGUGUAUAUAACAAGAAUACACCAGCAAAUUUAAUCAUCCUUCAAUUUUUGAGCAUUUAGUUUGUUUCUGGCUCUUGGUAUUUCCGAAUAAUUUCUCAGAAUGAGUUUCAUUAUCUGCAGCAGUUUAGAAUAGUACCAUUUCAUUGUAUCCUUGCAAAUACUGAAUAUUUCUAACUGUAAAUCUUUGUUAACCUGACAAGUGAAUCAAUACAAAUGACUAAAAUAUGCAUUUUAAUUUGCAUUAUUUUGCUUAGUGAAGUUUUUAAAUGUCUUAUUCAUUUGUAUUUCUUCUGAGGAUCAUUCAUAUCCUUAACUGAGAGAUCAGAUUUACUAUAAAAAAAUUAUUUUUAAGUGAGAUUUAGUUUUAAUAAAGGUUUCUAGAAUGCCUAUAGGAAGUGCUCUGUCAGGUCUAUAGCUGUAUUUUUUAAAUCAAACUUUUUACAUUGAGACAAUUGUGGUGUCACAUGCAGUUUUAAGAAAUAAUAUACAGAUGACCGUGUAUAUCUUUAAUCUGGCUUCCCCCAGUGAUGACAUGUUACAAAACUACUGCAAUAUCACAACCAGGAUACUGACAUUAAUAUAGACAAGAUGCAGGAUUUCCAUUCCCUGGCCCAUGGCAAUCAAUUAUUCUGUUGUCCACUUAUAUAAAUUUAUCAAUUCUGAAAUGUUACAUAAUGGAAUUACACAGUAUAUAAGCAUUUGAGAUUGGCUUUUUCUUUAACCAUAAUUUCCUACAGAUUGAUUUCAAGGUGUGUUCAUCAAUAGUGGAACUAAAUAUUCCAUAGGAUAGAUGUACCAGUUUCUGUAAACAUUUAUAGUUGAAUGUUAAUGACUAUUUCAUUAAUACAUUUGUCUAAUUUCAGGGGUUGGAAGGAGAAAAGAAAAUGCAUUCACUAUUUAGUAAGUCAUUUGGUCAUUCCAACAUUCAUUGAAAGCAGACCAUUGGGACAAAUGUUAUCCUAUGCUUCUGAUGACAAAAAUAACUAAAACCCAAAUAAAAUAAAAAUUAGUUAAGUAGCAGUGCUAAGAUUGAAUCCAGAUAGGUAUUUAAAGAAGAAAGAAAAUGAGUUCAGAGAACAUUUUAUCAUCAAUAAAAACUUUCUAAAAUGUAACAAUUUUUCUAGGAUUAAUUAAACAGGCCAAAAACUUGAUGUGUCCGGUCCAUGAGAGCAUCCUCCUAUCCACUGGACUAGGUGUCUACUAAGCCACAUCUUAUAUCUAUUGUGAGGCCAACUGUCUUGAGGCCAAACAAGACGCGAGUUAUAUGGUAGCACUUGAGAGGACUGCGGACACAUUAGAGCAGCUUUCUCUUCCCAUCUACAGCAGUUCUGGGUAGCACGCUUGGAAUGGCAACGCUGGCUUCCCCGAAAAACCCCAGCCCUCUUGCCAAUUUCCUCUGAACCCCAACUACCCAACCCAAAAUUAUUUGAAGAUCUGAUUUUUAAACAAAACAAGGCCAAUAAUGCACCAUUAUUAAGUUUCCCUAAAACAUUAACAGUAUGGAGAUUAAGACACAAACCAGAGACCGGAAAAAAAUCUUGGUGCGUUCAAAGUAACCUCAAUCAGUUCCCGACUCUAUUUUCCACUUAUGGUGCAAUAUUAACAAAAACUAAGCACAGCGUGCAGAGAAACGCCCCUUCGCACUUAUGACUUCUGGCCUGGGACUCUGGCUCCUCACACGCCUUUGAUACAAAGUUCGAAGGCUGAGCCUUAACCAUGCCACGCCCAGCGUGCUCCGGACGAGGAUGCCCGAAACUGCAAUGAGAGAGGGAAAUUUCCUACUCAGGUCAAGGUCCAACAAAACAAACGUCUGCACACAGGAAUUAAACCUUCUCGCAGGCAGAAGCGGCUGAACCAGGAGCGAGCGGAAGUGACGCAAAGGCCAGUCGCCGGGGAAGGCGGGGCCCCGAGGUAGCGCGCCCAAUUGGGGCGCGGGAGAGGCCGGGGGUGUGGCAGCGUCGGCGGCGAGCGGGGGCCUGGGCGCGCUGGGGGCGGGGCCAGGGUGCUCGGCUCGCGGAGACUGGCCUCCUUCGGCAGCUGGAGGCGGUCACUCGCGCUGGGCUAGGGGCUGAGGCGAGAAGGGCCAUGCGGACGGCGAGGGAGUCCAGAGGCUUGAGCCCGGUGCUCCUCCCUCGCGCAGCGGUGGCUCUGCUGCCGCUGGAGUAAACACUGCCUUUGUUCCCUAGCGCCUCGUCUCUUUCGUCGCCCCGUCCCCUCAAGCCGCCGGGCUCCGGCCGGCCCGCCCUCGGUCCCUGAACCCCAUUUCGGCUCGUGCCGCGCGGAUGCGGUUGCCGGGCCUGGGUUUGGGCAUUGAGCGGGAGGAGGAGGAGGAGCGGCGGCGCCUGGGCGGCAUGCAAUGGGGAACUGCUGCUGGACGCAGUGUUUCGGACUGCUCCGCAAGGAAGCGGGGCGGCUGCAACGAGUAGGCGGCGGCGGAGGAUCCAAGUAUUUUAGAACAUGCUCAAGAGGUGAGCACUUAACAAUAGAGUUUGAGAAUCUAGUAGAAAGUGAUGAAGGGGAGAGCCCAGGAAGCAGUCAUAGGCCUCUUACUGAGGAAGAAAUUGUUGACCUAAGAGAAAGGCAUUAUGAUUCCAUUGCUGAAAAACAAAAAGAUCUUGAUAAGAAAAUUCAAAAAGAGCAAGAAAGGCAGAGAAUUGUGCGGCAAUAUCAUCCUUCCAACAAUGGAGAAUAUCAAAGUUCAGGACCAGAAGAUGACUUCGAAUCUUGUUUGAGAAAUAUGAAGUCACAGUAUGAAGUUUUUCGAAGUAGUAGACUGUCAUCAGAUGCUACAGUUUUGACACCAAAUACAGAAAGCAGUUGUGAUUUAAUGACCAAAACUAAAUCAACUAGUGGAAAUGACGACAGCACAUCCUUAGAUCUAGAGUGGGAAGAUGAAGAAGGAAUGAAUAGAAUGCUUCCAAUGAGAGAACGUUCCAAAACAGAGGAAGACAUUCUACGGGCAGCACUUAAGUAUAGCAACAAGAAGACUGGAAGUAAUCCUACAUCAGCCUCUGAUGAUUCCAAUGGGCUGGAGUGGGAAAAUGAUUUUGUUAGUGCCGAAAUGGAUGAUAAUGGAAAUUCCGAGUAUUCUGGAUUUGUAAAUCCUGUAUUAGAACUGUCUGAUUCUGGCAUAAGGCAUUCUGACACAGAUCAACAGACUCGAUAGGGUAAAAUUAUGUGACCUUGUUUAUCAGUUAUGACCAAAUGUUAAAAACCAACUAGAAUGUAUAAGUGAUUGUGCUUAGCCUUUUUGUAAGGGAGACGUGUAAGAAACCGUGUUGUAAAUGCUUAUUUUAUUAGAAAGGAGUAGGGAUGAUAGGAUCUGAAUUGAUACAGAAUUAAGUGCAAUUUCAUCAUCUGCCUUCUGCUUUUCAAGACCAAUUUAAUGGUCCUGUCAUGUUACCAAUUAAAUUUACUUUAAGUCUUUUCUUUAUACCAUUUCUGUUUACUAUGGUAGAUUUCCACUUUCAAUUUUUUAAAUUAAUUUUACUUUGAAUGAUUUAUGAAGCCUAUUUCAUUGUCUAACUAUGAAAAAUGUUAAGACUGUUUUGUUAAUUCUCAGCAGAUGUGAAGGAAGCAUGAGGAGGGAUCGUCAGAUUCAGAUUUAGAAUAGUGUUCCCUUUUCCAGCAUUAUUUAUUUCUAUGACUUCUUUGGAUUUUAUUAUCUAAUAGUAAGUACAGUUGAUUUGAGUAGAUGACUCUAAGAAAUGCUGAAGUAUCGGCAUUACAUGUGUUUAUUUACAUGUCCUAGUAUGAUAAUGUUGAUUCAAUCUGAACAAAAGAUAAUAUAAAAAUAACCCUUCAGAGUUUGGACGUUUCAAGUUGAUAAUAAUAAAAAAUAAUAUUUAAGAAGAUAUAUAUAUAUAUAUAUAUUUAGUUUUUUCCACUUCAUUUUACAUGCCACUAUAUUGACUUUAGUUGAUAUACAGUAUUAAGUUUUUAGGUGCCAUUAUUUUUAAAAAAUUCUAUAUUUCCAAUGAACGAUGUUAGAUUUUACACAGAACAUAUUCUCUGCAUGAUUUAAGACAAGGAAAUCUAAAAAGGUAAUACGGGUAUUUCAAAUAAAAUCCUUUCUGGUAUGAAAGGCUCCAUUGAUUUUAUUAAGCUUUCCUUUACCUUGUAGUACAAGGUGCUUUAAUGGGAUAGAACUAAGCAUAUCAAUAUCUAUAACUGCAUUUUGUGAUAGACAAUUAACUGUUCCUUUCUCUAAAAUGUAUAUGUCAAUUUAAAAGACCAGGGAUAGAAAACACUCCAUAAUUGCUUUCCUUGAUUUUGCUGAGGAUUUGGUAUGAUUUUAGUAAGCAAACUCUUUUCUGGUUUUUCCUUAAUGUUUUUAAAUUUUUUUUCUCUUGCAGCAAUGACAGUGCAUGUUCUUAUAAAUAUAGGAAGGUCCAGAUAUAAAUAGUAACCUAAAGUUCUUGCUGUGCUUAAAAAAAAAAAAUCAUGUGGCCCUUUCAAUAUUUGAACUGCUAAGCAAUGACAUCUGUAGUUUUAUCUCCUUUUUUAUGUCAUAGAAAUUAAUAUGAUACUUUAAAUAUGUAAAUAUAAUACAUUAGGUAAUGCUAUUAUUUAUAUCUGUCUUAACAUAAUUUAAGUUGUAUCUGUGUCUUGGAAAUAUUUUUAAGGUAAUCUAUAUUCACAUUGCUUGUGUUAAUGCUUUUUAAAGUUUGUAUACAUCAGAUGUAUAUUUUUGGUUUGGCAUAAGCUACUAUUGUAAUUUUUCUUGGCUUUUUGUUCAUAAAGAAUUUUUUGAAGGAAUGGUAACAAAUGGUAAUUUACAAAUGGUUGUGAAUAAACACAUUUUUACACUUAAAGGUAAUAAGUUAUUUGACUAUUAUUGGUUUUACUCCAUAAACAUGCAGGUAUUCUGAUUCCUGACUUGUAAUUAUUUUAUUAAAUCUGAUGUGAAGACAAAAGUAAAUUAAGAAAGCAAGAUGGAACUAGAAAAUGUGUUUUUAACUGUUAAAAAAAAGUUAAUGUUUUGUUUUGUGUUUAUAAAAAGUACUAGAAAUAACUUAUUCAGCAAAUAUUGGAAUAGUAUUUAAUAUUAUUGGAACUGUGUCUGGUGGGUGUUAGGGACAUAGAAGUACAAAGACAUAUAAGGUCUCUGCUCUUUGCUUACCAUUCUGGUGAGAGAGAUAGACAAUAAUAUGUAAGAAAACCACAGGUCACAGUUAGAAAAUAUAUAAGAUUAUAGGACAGAGAGUAACUGGGGGCCAAUUGACUACUUCUCAUAGGUCAGGAGAAUCCUCUCUGAGGAGAUAGCUUGGCUAAAACUUAAUUGUUUUAAGUUUUAAUUGUUAACUUGGCUAAAACCUAAUUGUUAAGCAGGAAACAGUCAAGUAAAAAAGCCUGGUGUGAAGCAUUUUAUAAGCAAAGGGAAUAGCAAGUACAAAGUACCAGAGGUGGGAAAGAGUUUGUUAUGUUCUGUGAAUAAAAAGACCACUGGGAAUGAAGCAUCAUGAGUGAGGGGUAAGAGUGGUAUGAGAUGAUACUGGAGUGGUAGUUAAGGGCCAGAUGAUGCAAGACCUUGUAGGCCAAGAAUGAGUUUUAUUUGAUGUGUAAUAGAAAGCCACUGACAUUUUUUGUAAGCAAGGAUGUACAGUCAUCAUAUACACAUUUUCAAAAGAUUGCUUUAGUUGCUGUCUAGAGAAUGGAUUGUAAGAAGGCAAGAGUGGAUAUAUAGCACUCCCAAUGGAAUAUAGUGUGCCUUGGGUUUACAAUGGCUGUGAAAAGGCAGAGCAGAUUUAUUUUAGAGGUAGAAUCAUCAGGAUUUUCUGAUAGGUUGGAUAUAACACUAAAGGAAGGGGUAGAAUCAGAUACUACUGUAGGGGUAACACAUCUGGCACGGUGCCAUGGCUACCUCGCUCACUCCACGUAGUCCACGUAGGGAAAACAACCACAGUCUGACACAGGUCUUGGUAGAAAACAUCGUGAUCCUCCCUGGAUCCUCCAUGGCAAGAUAGGCCAUCAUAAAGGAGCUGUCAGAGGGCCAUUUAUCUUGCAAAAUACCUCCCUGUCUUGCAAAAGGCUGCCAUGCGGCAAUUUCUCAUCCAACUGGUUUCCAGUGACCUCACUCUCAUUCAGGUACAGAUACCGACUAUAAAAAUGUUUAGCUAUAGUUUAGAGUUGGCUCCUCAACAGAGCUAUUUCUACUUGUCAUCUGUCAUCUUGUCCCCUUGGUUCAUUGUCAUCCAGGGACAUCCCUAAGGACCAAGGAUACAGGGAGCUGACUCCAUCCUGAUACUGCUUUUGCUGUCUGUGUAAAUAAUAAACUGUCUCAAUCUAUUUGGACUCAUUGUCUCCCUCCUGGCCAAAUCUAUAGAUGUCUGACAGCCAGCCUAGCAGCUGCAAGUGCCCUUAACUAUAACUUCUUGGUUCUGAUUUGACUUCAAUGUAAUGGGAGGAACAGGUUUGGGAAAGUGGGGAAAAUGAAAGAGUUCUAUUUGAAAAGUUAACUUUGAGGUGUUUAUAAGAUAUUUGGAUGAAGAUGUCAAGUAGGUGAUGGGAUAUAUGUCUGCAGCCCAAGAAAGAGGUCUAGGUUCCAGUUUGGGAGUCAUUAGUAGGAAAAUGGUAUUUUAAGUCGUUAAACCAGCUGAGUUCGCCCCUGGGGAGCACAUAGAGAUGCCCAACUAAGUGUUGACAUUUAGAAGUUGGGGGUAGUGAAACAGUCAAAAGAAACAGAUACAGGAGGAAUGCAGGAACCAGAGAAUAGUGUCACAGGAGCCAGGAAAUAAGAGGGCUCAACAAUAGCAAAUGCUUUGAAAAGAGGUCCGCUGCUUUAGUUGCAUUUGGAGACAAGUUAUACAAAUGAAGGGAUGGAAACUGGGGAGUUGGGGAUGAAGAAUAAAGAACAGCUAAUGCAGACACUUUGAAAAGAGAGCAGAGAAGGGUUUUUAUUUAAGAUACUAGUUUUAGAGUAGAUAGAUAGGCAGAUAUGAACAGGGCAGGACAGGGCCACAAAGAAUGUCAGGGCUGGUGAUGGAAAAAUCUAACAGGAGACAUCUUGAGCUCAUAGGCAACAACUUCCCAAUAAGAAUUUAAGAUGGCAGAGUUUGGCCUUCCUCUGGGGACAUGUCCAGGCAUGCACAGUAAGGGGCAAAAUGACAGAGUUUGACGAAUAUAUGACCUUCCCAUGGGGCUUGGUGGGGAGCGCUAGCCCAGUAAGGGAAAAUUGCCCUAAGAGAGCAUGUGCAUAACUUCAACCACCAAAAGGCCCUCCCAGAUACUGGCAAACCACUGCACAUACAGGGAGGGGAAGAGACGGGGAAAAAAAUAGGAAAUAAUAAAUCUCUAAGAGCUCUAAGACAAAGGUCAGGCUGGGUACUCAAUCUUUUGAUGUCCCCCUUGGUUCCAUCCAAGUGUACUUUUUUUUGCUUCAAUAAACUCUUGUUUCUGCCUUAAAUAUA